UUUUUUUAACACUGGUAGAUUACGCUGACGAUGGCCUUGAGCUGAAACAUGUUGGAGUAAAUAAAGAGGAUAAACACCAACUCAGAAGUUAGUCAACUUGGCCACAGUGAGAGACAGAGAGCUGCUUCUCCUGCUGAUGACAGACAGUACGUACUCUGCAGUCCAAAGGUCAUGCUUCCCCGGGUGGGUAAAGAGUUUCUGGUCCGGAUUCGGUUCAACUGGCGGCCAUUUUUCCAGGGCCGGGCCCUGCUGGCCACAAACACCCUGAGCGGAGGAGUCAUUCUGGCGCUGGGAGACAUCGUGCAGCAGACCCGGGAGAACUUCAAGAAUCCAGACAGAGUCCGAGACUGGAGGAGGACAGGUUUCAUGUUUUCGGUGGGCUGCUCCAUGGGCCCACUGUUGCAAUACUGGUACAUCUGGUUGGACGGAGUGUUCGUGGGUAAAGCUCUAAAAACAGUGGGAAAGAAGCUUCUGGUGGACCAGGUGGUCGCCUCACCGUUUUUUGGGAUGUGGUAUUUUUUAGGUAUGGGUCUCAUGGAGGGACACACUUUGGCCGAAGGCUGGAAGGAGUUUACAGACAAGUUCUGGGAAUUUUAUAGGGCAGACUGCUGUGUUUGGCCUGCCGCUCAGACAAUCAACUUCUUCUUUCUCUCGCCCAAAUUCCGUGUUGUCUACAUCAACUUCGUCACCCUAGGGUGGGACACCUACCUUUCCUACCUCAAACACAGAGUUGACAGCCCCCCAACUGAGCUGGUAUCAGAGAGCAGUGCUGUAGGUGUACAGUUGGAAACACUCCCACCGCUUACACCUCUGAAGGAAAAGGCUUAGAGACAGAGUUCACCCUCAACUGUGAAGUCCCUCAUGGAGACAAAAGAACAUUUUGCUUUUUUAUCUGUUCUAUUUUCUGCCACUGCAUAAUUUUGCAAAACUGUUAUAAUAGAUGGUGUUUUUCCUCUGACAAACUGUUCCUCUCUCAAGAAAGCAAGCACAUUUCUGUCUGAACUCUAAAGAGGAACAUUCAGGGAUGGAAAGCUGUCUCACUGCCUGUCAUGUUAAUGAUGGUACUGGUUUUCUUUUUAUCACGUCCUGAGUGAGUGUAACUGCUGCAUUAACAAGACCUUAAAUGAGGCACUACGGAAUCAAAUUUGUUUCAUAUGUAUUGUAACCACGUGGAAACGUUUUGUAACUGUGUGAAAAAGUUUUGUAUGAAUGCAUUCAGAUCCGUGAAUGUGUAAAAAAAUAUCCGAACAAAUACACUGAACUUUUGAAUCCGUACAGAGA